AUGGAAAAUGACUCUGUGAGGCCUUUUUUAGUAGUUGAAUUUGAAUUUUCUCGAAAACUAGCUGGUCCCAGUGGUUCCCAUCGUGUUUUUUGACAUCUAGGACCACAAUAAAACCGUUUUGAAGCAAAAACUGCGAAAAAACAUUUCUCGAAAAUUUUCAGAAAUCCGAAAAAAAAAUUUGUUCGCGUUUUUGCUUCUAAACGGUCCAACGUGUCCUCACGUUGAUAAAAAACACUAUGUGAGCCAGUGGGACCGGCUCAUUUUAGAGCAAGCCCCUUUUUUUUUGUUGAAAAUUUCAAUUUCUUAUCGAAAUUCUUAUCGCAAAAAGUGUUUUCAUGUUUUCAAAAGUUAUCCGGACCAUGUAGGACCAACUUUCGGUCCUUAGCAGUUGGAGGAGGACCACUUGAGGCUUCUCUAGCCCAAAAUGGCACCUCACCCAUUCCCUGGGGACUCUCUAGGUAUCCGUGCCCAAAAAUCGUCUUUUGAACCAAAACAAAAAACACAAACAAAAGCGUUUGGUCCGUUUCGGAUUGAUGCGCAUUGUCCCCCCGUGGGACCGCCCGUCUCCGGUCCCGUUUCUGCCACUUUGAGCUCUUUUUUUCGUCGUUUUCGCACAAUAUCCGUCGGACGGCUUCCAGAUGCUCAAACUCUUGCUGCCACUCAUCGCCAGUCUUCAACUGUGUUCGGCGUUCCACGUGGCGCCGAUCGCCUACUCGAUUCUGUCGGAAAACUCGGAAACUGUCGUGGAUUUGACGAAAAAGUCGGAGAAACGGUGAGCAUGAAAAUCGUAUUUAUUCGGCUCGCCUAGCCCUGUAGCCCCACAUUUUGAAAGUUUUGAAAUCUUUUUUUCCUGAAGAGCCUGAGCCUGAGCCCCCAAUAGUUUUUUGCAGAUUCUACUUGCACAUCAGCAACGAGCUCUCCCCCUUCUUCCUGUAUUUAACGCCGUGCGGCGCCGCCGUUCACUGGCAGCUCUUCUCGAUCGACCGGGAAAUUGAAGUGAGCGAAGAGUUGGACUUGAUUUCGGAUCUCUCGGUGCCGCUCGAUCAGUCUGAAAAGUUUCGUCUGGUUGCCGGCGAGGACGACAAGAAACGAAUGACAUUUUUCGCGCAUCGACUCCCUAAAAGUACGUUUUUAAGUCUUCAAGCUGCAUGAAAAUGUACUACAGAGCAGGCCCUAAGAAUGAUAUAUUGUCCAUUUCCAGAAGUGGUCCUGGUCGUUCGUUCCGCCUCCGCUUCCGCGUCCGUCCGCGUCUUCUUCUCCCCUUCCCUUUUCCGCGUCGAAGAUCAAUAUCCUGCGCUUCCGCACGACGUCCGUCUCGCCGCGCACGUCAUCGAAGAGCACCGAAAGGACGAAGUUUCGGCGCAAAUCACGUGGAAGAUUGCGGGUCAGGUGCGCGCGGCGGUCGCCAACCGAUACCGUAUCUGCACGAUCAUUUCGCGGCGCGACCCGGCGCCCACAAUGUGCGACCACGUGGAAGAGGGCGUCGAGACGGUGAAAUGUGUGCCGCAGACGAACAAUUCGGUGGUGAUCGACGAGUUGCGCCGCGACCGCACCUACUUUGUCACCGUAUUCAUUCGGGACCGUUUGCGCGGAACCUCUUCGGUGUACGAGCCGCAAACGCUGCAGACCACUGCGUUGACGACGCGAAAAGUUGCGCGCAAUGUGCCGCGAAAGCAGAAAAAGUCGGCGCCGCGUCAAAUUGUGAACGGACAAUUGCAACAUGUGGAACUGCACGCACAGAAGGGCAAUUUUGUCAAUCUUCGAUUUGUCGUUCCAAACCUGCCGGAGAGUGCUGGAAAUGGCACGCAAUCGGUGAGUAGACAUCGGUUUAAAAUUCUCCAGGAAUUCUCAAUUUCUCCCCGAGCUCCAAAGAGCCUAAGCCCGAUCCUAGACAUUACGGGGCUCAAAUCUUUCCCAGCAACUCAAAUUUCCAACUAGCUUUUCGGGAUUGACGCACACAAACUUGACACCGCACCUUGUUUCGAUGCUAUUUCCGUCCGUCUUCCCGAAAUAACUUUACUAGCCACCCCGAUUGACGUCAUCACCGGCGACAACUGACCCACACACACACACAUUCCUAUCUCUUCUCCGCUCAUUUUUCACACAACUUCUUGCUCUCUUCUUGCAGGCGAUGCUCAUUGUGCACGCGUGCGACGGCCUCGUCCGAAUCAACUUGUAUCGGAACGGAAAAGUGCUGAAACGAAGUGACGCGUUCUCCGGAUUCCGACGAUUCGUCGUCACGAACAUCCGCAACGGACACCUCCGAUUCCAGAUUAUCAACGACGACGAAGCGGCGAAAAGUGUGCGGGUGUGGGCGAGCACCGACCUCUCCACGUCGCCAUAUCCCAAUCUUCCGGAUGAUACUAGGUUUUGAAAAUUUCCCCUCCCCCCCCGCCCAAAAAACUUUACCCUUUCCCUUUGCAGUGUGAAAAUCGUCGACCGCACGUGCUCGUCGGCGUCGAUUCAAUGGCUGCGCGCGCACGACAGCCACGUCAAGUAUUGUGUGUAUCGGCGUCGCGAGAACUCGAACUUUUUGGAGCAGUUGGUCAGUCUGGUGAGUAUUUUUUGUUUGGGGCUCAAGCGAUUGCAAAUCAUUUGGAGGUUUCAAAAACGACGGAAUUUUCAGGCGGAUAACCUUUGCGAAGGAGGACUGUCCUCCUCCACUCUGGUCGGCUGCUACACCCACUCAUCGAGCACCUCCGAAGACGAAGACGCGCAGUCUCUGAUCGAGACGACCGUCGGGGGACUACUUCCGGCCUCCACGUACCGAUUGGACCUUCUGGCCACCCCACUGGACCGUCCCAACGCCCAAGCGCUUCCGUACCGUACUAUUUGGGUUCGCACGAAUCGAGUUUGCGUCGACGAACACUGA